AUGGUCCGGUCAACACAAAUCGCGAGGAUUGAUGGCCUAAUGCUGGCUGCGUCCGUGGACGAUGAGCAGGCAGAAACAGAGUUGGCUCAAGUGAAGUCACAAGCUAAAAUGAUCUUUCGCCGACUGAAUCGCAAUUCCGCUCCGCAAGCCAGUAUUGAAUCCGGUCAAUACAAUCUACACUACCUCGUCAAAGACGACAUCUGUUUCCUUUGCAUAUGCGACCAGUCGUACCCUCGCAAGCUCGCCUUCACCUAUCUCGCUGACGUCGCCUCGGAAUUCACCACGACCUACUCCCCGGCCCAGUACCAUUCCCCGACAUUGCGACCCUAUGCCUUUGUCGAAUUCGAUACCUUCAUCCAGCGUACCAAGAAGCUGUACCAGGACAGUCGUGCGUCGCAAAACCUGGACCGAUUAAACGACGAGCUGAAGGAUGUCACGAAAGUCAUGACCAAGAACAUUGAAGACCUGUUGUACCGUGGGGACAGCUUGGAACGGAUGGGUGAAUUGUCUGGGCGCUUGCGGGAGGAUAGCAGGAAGUACAAGAAGGCUGCGGUGCGCAUCAACUGGGAGUUGUUGAUAAAGCAGUACGGGCCGUUUGCUGGUAUCGGAUUGAUCAUAUUCAUCUUGCUUUUGUGGCGCUUCUUCUAG